CUUAAACGACAAAGCCCAACCAAUUUCAUCUAAUCAAUCGUCAAAAUUCUUCAUUUUUCCCAAAUCCAAAUCCCUAAAUUCAAGGUUCAAUUUUUUAGGGUUCCUCUUUGAAAAACAAUGGUCGGCCAUGAAGCUGUGGAGGUUGCCAAGACGGUCCUCGAAGUCGCCGACGUCGCCUGGACCGCUAUGGAAUGUUGCCACCACCUCCACCACCGUCACAACGACGACGGCGAUUCUCCUGAAAAUCAUGACAUUUCCAAGCUCGAAAAAGAAUUGGAAACCCUAAAAUGCGAAAAUCAACGACUCAGGAACCUCCUCGAACAGAACCUCAAACUCCUCAACAAUCUCCCGGAAUCUCCUUCUCACUUUAACGAUUGUCCUCCUGACCUCUAUGCUAGGUUGGUAUCUACUGUGGAAUCUAAAGACUUUUUGGCCCGACUCAACUCUCUUAAUGGAUCCAAUACUAAAAUCGAGUUUCCGUUCAAGGAAGCUACAGGGGAUGAUAUGCAUGCAGCUGAUAUCCUGAUUAACGUUAACCAAAAAGAUCCGAGUUGGUGGGUUUGGGUAACUGAUGAAAUGGUUCCGAGCAAUGUUGAAGACUGGAGUGGAAUUGAUGAUGAGAAUUAUAUUGUUGUUACUGAAGAGCAUGUUGUGGAUGGGGUAGCUAACUUUAUGGCAAAAUGCAUUUUGUCUAACCCUAAUGCUCAGACUUUAACACCAGAACAACUGCAGAAAACUCUAGUUAAAGCAUUAGGAGGUGUCAGCAAACUGGAGAAGGUUCUGGGCAUUUGGCAUGCUGGAAAGAUGUUCUAUGCGUUAUCAACUUGGGGACUUGCACUGGUUAGGUGCGUUUUACUGUUCCUUUUACUAUUGUUUCUUUCUUGUUCAUGUUUUUCAGUCUCCUUUCAUGCUCUUAAGGUAAAAAUCAGCUUGUACUUUUUGAUUGAGCACCAUUUUUCGCAUGAUGAGAUUCAUACUGAAAACAUACGGAGCCUGCUGUUAUAUUAUCAAGCAAAGGAUAUUAAUUUGUCUUCCCACACUUUUAUGAAAACCAAGGGAAUUGUUAUGCAUUGAAACAAUUACGCCUUC